GCCUACUCUGGUCCGCCGCAUCGCCAAGUACUCCUAUAUGCCACAGCCGGCCUGGCACGUGACGCCUGCGAAUGAGACGGUCCUUCAACACAGGCAGCUGCAUGCAGAGUGUUCCCCAAGGUCGCGCGAGACAUGGGUGCUUCCGUCGGAAGCUCUUCGGCUGCCUUCUCAGGAUAUGGCCGCCACUUCCCCGCGCCCCAGCGCGAGGAAGCAAGUUCAGACACCUCCCGUGGCCAGCCCUUUGAGGGCCUCCGGCCUCUCUGCCCCUGAUUGUCGCGAAGAAGAUCUCGAAGCGUUCGACGAGCUCUGCCAG